ACUGAUUUGAAGUGAAAUUUUUAUGCUUUUCAUUAAAUUGAGCAUGGCUACUUGAAAUUUAAUUGAUUGUCCUGAUGAUUUGAAAGUGAUUGAUGAAUUAUGAUUUUUCUAUUAACUUCUUCCUGUUUUGUCUCCGAUGUGGUUAUGUUAUUAAUGAUCCUGCUAGUGGGGGUUAAACGCUAGCACAUGUCAACAUGUUAUUGAUAGAACCGGUUCGUGCAAGUGUAGCCUGCCAGUGGGAGGUUUAAACACUGGUCAUGACCUAUAGAGGAGACGUCUAUUUCAUUCCCGUACUGUAUCCUUUUUUCGUGCUUACAUUUGUUGGCAUGCUAUAAGUUUAAUAAAAGGCACUCCAUAUUUACUUACUGAGGUUAUCUCAUAGUUUUUCCUUGUCCACCAUUCCAGGAAGCGAAACCCAAGACAGGGAAAAAAUGGGAAGUGACGAAUUAGAAGGCUAGCCAUUUCGAGAUUGAUAUAGAUUUAGAUAUAAAUUAUGAUCUUGUAAACUAGAUUGUAUUUGGAGAUUUUAUGAUAUCAGAGAAAUUUUAAAAUUUGAUCUUCAGAUUUUGUGGUAUCAAAUUGUGAUAUGGUUAAAUUCCGAGCCUUGUGCAUUUGUGGGACCUUCUCACAAGUGCACGUCGAUUUGUUUGGAACUUGGCUUUGUUUGGAACUUGGCUGGCCAAUGGAUUUUAGAACCAUGGUGAGAUGAGUGAUGGGGUUAUAUAAGGGACGAUUCUGAUUCGUGUUGCCUGAAUGUUCUAAUUUUGAGGAGAUGGUAAUCUGAUUGUUCUUGUUCCCUACCUUCAUACCUUGUGAAUCAUGAAAUUAAUCUUGUCAGCCAUGUUCUUAAGACCUCGUUUUGAAACUUGGUCAUUUUUUGAUAGCCUGCACUUGUUUAGACUUGUUACUUGAAUAGAAUUUUUGUAUGCUCUUUUGCCACAAUUGUAAAAUCUCGGGAGUGCAGAAAUCUUUCGUUAUUGAUCCUAUUGGUCUCUACAGCAUAGCUGGUUGAGAAAUUUGUUCUGUUUGUCACAUGACUAGUGGAAGAUGGGCAACCCUCUACUUUGUAAGAGAUUCAAGGUUAUUUUAGCAAAUGUUCUGUGUUUUCUAGAUGCGUUCUAGGAGCUGGAUAACUUGGUAAUUCCAUUGCUCCUUAUCUUCUGAAAGUCUUAUAGUGAAGUUUCACUUUUUCCAUUUGGAGCUUCAUGGUCUUUUCAUGUGGCUCAUUUUUCUAUAUUGGUUAAUCAAAAAUAGUGAUCAUUCAAUUGAAAUUGCCAUGUUUUUGUGAAGAUUGGCAAGUUAUCAUAAAGUUAAACUCUCUAUUGUUGCCAAUCUCUACAUUCUUGAUACCUGGAAACUACUUGAAACUCUUGAAUCUUUCUUGAGAUUGCUUUGUACUUGUUCUUGAAAUUGAAAUCCAAAGAAAAUGGAUAAUGAUUAUUGAAAUCCCCAUUAUCUUGAUACUUGUCUGAAAUUAAUUCUUGCAUUGUUCUUGGAACCUUAUCUUGAACCUUGCUUGGAGUAAAAUCAUGUUAUAAUCCUUUUCUUGAAAAUCAAUUGAUAUUUGGAAUCUAUUUUGAAUUGUCCUUAAAAGCCAUUUUUGUUCUGACACUUGCUUUUGCUCAA